CCCAGAGCUCCCACAGCUAUAAAACUUCUCGGUGCCCGCACAAUUGUGCACCGGAAACAUCAAUUCGAGCUUCAAGAUGCGUUCUAGGACGUUUCCGACCACUGCCGCCGUUCUGGUGCUCCUGGCCCAAGCUGGGUCGGCUCAGGUGGAUGUUAUUAAUUCCAAUACCACCCUCAAGGCGUCGAGCUUUGUCGGUACUUCUACUGCGAAUACCUACCCUCCCGCCGGCACGACCGUCAACACAUCAUUGUUCCCACCCGAGUCUGUCGUCGGCUUCCCAGGUCCAACUCCCACAGGCGCAGAACCUGCAGCUGCCCAGACAGCCCCAAUCUACCCAUACAACAACGGACCCGCGAACCAGUUUCCUCUGGUCGCACCACAACCGUGGGGCAGCGGUGCGUUUGACCAGAAGUUUGACAUCGCCAAGUACUGGGGUAAUCUUUCGCCGUGGUACUCAGUAUCUUCAGCUGAUUAUGGAUUGCCCGAUGCCAGCCCUCUCAUUCCUGAUGGGUGCAACAUCGUUCAAAUGCACCUUCUAUACCGACACGGCGCUCGUUACCCAACCACUGGAGCUGCUCCGUCAACUUUCGCACAGAAGCUCUUGAAUGCAACUGAGCUCAGUGGAGGCUUCAGUGUCACUGGCGAGCUGAGCUUCUUAUCCAAAUGGAAUUACAAGCUCGGAGCAGAGUUGCUCACUCCCUUCGGACGUAGCCAGAAUUUCAAUCUCGGUGUUGCCUACCGCCAACUGUACGGCGAGCUGCUGAACAACUUCACAGCCGCUGGAACCAUUCCGGUCUUCCGCACCGAGUCCCAAGAUCGCAUGGUCAAGACAGCCGAGAACUUCGCUGCGGGUUUCUUUGGUGUACCCGAGUAUAAGGACCAAGUCAACAUCGAGAUUCUGGUUGAGACUCCCGGAGUCAACAAUUCUGGUGCACCAUACGAGGUCUGUACUAAUUCCAACGUUGCUAGCCGUGGCAGCAUUGGCUCCACUGCCGCAACGGCCUUUGCCAAUACUGCUUUCAAUGCUACUAUUGCUCGUCUGCAGUCACAGAUCACCGGUGUCAACUUCACUGCCACAGAUAUCAUUGCUAUGCUUCAGCUAUGCUCCUAUGAGACCCAUGCACUUGGCUAUUCAGCAUUCUGCCCACUCUUUAGCGAGGAGGAUUUCUUGAACUAUGAAUACUACUAUGAUCUAUCAUUCUACUACAACAACGGCCCCGGAAGUCCCGUCUCAGCCGCUCAAGGAAAAGGCUUCCUCCAAGAAUGGGUCGCCCGCUUCACCCACUCCUUCCCCACCGCACAAUCAGCCCUGAACCUCACCUACGACAACACCUCGACCUAUUUCCCCUUGAAUCAAUCCAUCUACGCCGACGCUACCCACGAGGUCGUCGUCCUCGAUACUCUCACCGCUUUCAAUCUCACCGCACUCUUCAAUGGGCCUCCGCUUAGCACUUCCGGGAACCAGAAACGCAACUCCUUUAUAGCGAGCAAGGUUGUCCCUUUUGCGACACACUUUACUACCCAGAUCUUGGAAUGCCCUGCUUAUAAACCUACGAGGCAGAUGCGUUUCAUUGUAAAUGAUGCCGUCGUCCCAAUUUCUGGUUCAUACGCCGGCUGCCCGGAGGACCCCAACGGUCUCUGCUCUAUGGAUAAUGUGGUGUCGGUCCUUCAGAAGCGAAUUGCGGAGAUCGAUUUCAACUACGAUUGUUUCGCGAAUUAUACUGCGAAGGUGGGGGUCAACUAUAAUGGUCGUGCACCUAAGUCAUAGAGAUGUGGUUGCGGCGAGGGAGGAAACUUUGGUUCGUAUGAAAUUUGGACGAUGAAUAAAUGCUGCCAUGAUAGACACGAUCUUUGAUAAUGUAAUAGAGC